AUGCCUAUACGCCAUUGCAGCCCAGGCCCAGAUCCACAUCCCCAGGACAUCGACAGCUUCGAAGGCCCCCAAUGUGCAGCCUGCCGUAGCUACACCUGGAAUCGGGCACAAGUCCCGAUAUUCAAAUCACCAGCACGAAGCCAGUGGGCAAAGCCAUAUAAGAACCCAUAUCUUUGUGACAAUUGCUACUGGGACUUGAACGGAAGUGUUGACGGGAUUCCAUGCAUAGAGUUUUUACCAUGCCUAUGCGGAAGACAUGAGAAUCUAGCCAUUCUGCUCGCCAGCAAGCGAUUCUGGAACGAUGCUGCACCGAUCUUCUGGAAGGAGAACUGGUUCGCCUUCGAGGAUCCCUCCCUCCUAACGGGAUUCCUGACUGCUAUCCGCCCGCAAGUGAGAUCGUGGCUAAAACGGAUAUCGUUUAUGCCUCUUCAUCCUUAUCUGACUGCCGGUAUCCCCAGUACAAAUACAUGGGUGCCGGGUUCGAUCUGGAAUGAAUGGGAUGACAUUGAAAACUGCUGGGGUCUACUGAGACUAUGCGAGGGGCUGACGGAGCUGGAGCUUGAUGUGGUGUUUUUGACACGCAAGGAAUGGGCUCAGGCUAUUCGACUAAUUUCUGUCAAGAAACAAGUUACCUUUCUCCGCCAGAUGAACUCGGAGGACGUUGACUAUGUGACUGAAGAUUCAUGGAACCUUAUAUGGAAGUCGCUCGUUCGGCGGAAACGAUUCGACUCGCCCACGACUGCUUUACUUGCUUCUAGCAUGACUGGCGACAGGGCUAUUAAAAGAAAAGUUCUGCUGAAUCAUUACUCUGAGAGCACCCCACAUCAAAGAUGUGGUGAUUACGGGGUCAAGUUUACUGAGGGCAUGAUCGGGGGUCGAAGACGGGUUUCAUGA